UGACUCAACGCUUGUGUCUUUUCCCUGCUUAGACAUCGCGGGGAGAGGGAGGUUAACAGACAUUCCCUUCACCCUUUUGAUUGGAGGCCGAUAUUUAGCUACUCCCCGGGAUUGGUUGAUCGGUUCCCCGAGGGCAGCCCCCACAGUAUAGGGGGUAGCACAGUUCACUCUUGUUUUCGGCCGGUCCCCAACUUUGGGUGGUUGUGUUGCGGUCCUUACGUAAGAGUCGACGCUCCUUCUGCGAGGGCAGGAAAAGGGGCGGGGGGGGGAAAGGAAAACAAAGCGGAGAACGAGAAGAGAGGAAGCCGUUUUCUGGGCGUCUCCAAAAGUUUAUCUCAAGACUUGGAGAGAAGCAGCUGCUGCUCAAAGGCCCUCGACGCACCAUGGGGAGACUCGCCCUUAGCCUCCUCUCCUUAGCGCUUCUGCUGCUGGCGGCCCUUUGCAGAGGACAAGAUUUAGAUUUAAGUGAUGCCCUUGGCACUUUUGCCUCUACUAAAAGGCCUAGUGCAGUUACCAAAAAGCCAAGUGAUGGCUUCGACUUAGAAGAUGCUAUAGAUGUAGGUGGCGAUGAUUCCAAAAAAACAGCAGCACCACCUCCUCAGCCUAAACCUGGGAGUAAUGGCCACAGUGGGGGAUUUGAAGAUUCAGAUUUAUUUGAUGGUGACUUGCCACCUGAGAAUCCACAAUCAGGCCAUCCUUCUAAUCCUUCCUCAGGUGGGGAUAGUUCUGGCUCUGCUGGAGAUUCUCCAGGCAUGCUAGCUGGCAUUAUUAGUUCCGUUGUAGUGGCAAUAGCUGGAGCUAUUUCAAGUUUUAUAGCAUACCAAAAGAAGAAGCUUUGCUUCAAAGCAAGUGAUCAAGAAAACAUUCCUGUGGAAAGCCAGCAAGGAGCACAUGCAGCACCAUCUGUUCAACGUACACUUUUGCAGAAACAAUAGCAGAAUUUGAUACGAAGAGAAGAGCAGAAACUGGAUUUGUAGCCUGCAUAAUUCCCUGAAGGAGCAACACAAUGGAAUUGCAAAGUAGAUCUUUAAACAGGCCUGUUGAAACAUCUGUAGAAAAGAAGUGUGAUGUUUCUAACCAAUGAAAAAAUAUUUUCAUCCACCAAUUUACCCUUUGAAGUUCAAUUGUACACAGGGUGAUUGUUGUUUUUCAAAUGUAUUUUUAUGGCAUUUGUUGAUUGGAUUAAAGUUUUUCCCCCUCUUUUCUCUCUCCCCACUCCCCACUUUUUUGUAGCAAGAACUUUGAAAAGGGAGAUGGGUGUACUUGUAAAAUACCUUUGGGCAAAGUGUUCACUAUGGAAAGCUAUGUUGAUUUUAGAUAUCUCCAAGAAGUACAGUUUGAUUUUACAUACUGAUGGAUAUCACACCAUAUGGAUAAGGCCAGCUAUUUAGAUUAUGGGGGGGGGGCACAAGUUUGCUCUUAUCAGAUGAGUGGCUCUUAAUACUCAGUUGCUCACUUCAUAGUUGAAGUUACAUGUUAUAAAUAUUAAGAAUCGACUUAGGGCUAAGUCCUAAAUUCAUAAACAUUAACAUUUUUCCUUCUACGUGUUCUUGGUCACAUUUAGAAAAUUUGACAUAAAGUAAAUGCCUUAUCUGACUAGCAAACCUUUUAAAAUUUUAUCACUGUAUGCAAGUACAUAGGAAUUGAAGGCAUUAAAAAAAUCUAAGUUGCCUUAAUGUUUUGAUUUGAAAUAAUCUUAAAAUAACCCUUAUGUUUGCAUCUGAAGGUUUAUUACUUGUGUGUAGUGAGGCUGUAUUUGUGAGCUGCAUGGUGCUGGAAACAAAUGUGAUUUUAAAGAACAUACACCAUUCUCCUACAGGUUUUACAACACUUACUGGGAUGAAAUCCAAAACACUUUAUAGCCAUAAGAUGAAUCUAUCAUCUUCACAUCAAGUUUGCUUAGAGUCAGCAUAGGAAAUGUUUGCUAUGACUCCUGGUUCCUACUGCCAACAUCUGCCAUUGGUAGACCUUAAUUAAAUGUGACAAUAUAGCUAAGGUAUAUAGUGGCUUAGGUUCUUAGGCCAAUUAUGACCAAAUAUGAUAGGGAAUGGAUCCUGGAUUUCAAUGACAGGUUACAUGCAACACAGCCCCAUCCUUCCCCACACGGUCAGUUCAACAAGGGAGCUUCUUUAUAUUAAUGUUUUGGUAUUGGGAGGUUAAGAUUUUGGUGUGAUGGUAGGAGAAACUCAAGGGUCUAAGCUUGCUUAGUCAAGCUUCCUUAGGGUUAGCAUUCUGACUGGGAAAUGCUGGGAAUUAAAUUCAACACAUGUUAAAGAUGCCAAGCUUGAAAAACAUUGGUUCAAAUAAACACUUCCAAUUCUGUGAUUUUUUUUAAAACAGCGAUUAAAUUGCACUAUAAUAAUUUAGAGCUACUCCAAAAUUUUGAUGAUAUUAUUUUGAGGAAGUUACUUUGGGGAAUCAUUGGAGCUGAAUACUACUUGCCCAUUUUAAAGUAGCUUGUUGGAGUUAUUUACUAUUCGUUUCAGAGGGGGGAAUAAGGUUGAGGUCAGGCAUAUUCCUUGCUAAAUUAUAAACUUAAGCAUGUGAACUAGUCCAUAAUUGGCUCUUCUUUUGCAUAAUUGGCUCUUUUUAUUCCAUCAUAAAAUAAUUUUUCAGUAAUGGAGUUUAAUUACUUAAAACUGCAUGUGCCUCUGAUUACAGAAUUUGCCUUACAGUUCAUAAGUGCCCUAUUUCUAUGCUUUACAUUUCAUAGACUUAUUUGUUUGUGCAAUAUUUUUUUUAAAAAUACAUGAUAAACUUCAAUUGCAGAUGCCUUAUGUACAAUACCUUGAAGUGCCAAUAAAUGAAUUGACUAGAAAUGUGAGCUAAGUAUUUUAUAUUGUUUCAUUAAAAGGAGAUUUGGAAAUAGUCACUUGUGACCAUGUAAAUUGAGUUAAAUAUCCUACUAUAAUUACAUUUGUGAUAAACUGAAAACAAAAAUGAAAUUGUCAAGAAAUAUGGGUGUCAUAUUUAAAGGGAACUCAUGUAAUUUCAAGUUAAGCAUCAUGCCAAAGUAAAGCAAAUCUUUGCAUAAUGUAAUAUGUGUAUACAUUGCCUUCUAGACAUGAGUAUUGGGUCAACUUCCAAUUUAAAUUAGAGACAAGUUAGCUGUAUAAGCGAUGUAUGGUUUUUUAAGUUGCACUUUGCAUUUCAGUAAAAGAAAUAACAGUUUUGGGUCAUGAGAAUAUAGCAUACAUUCAGCACCAAAUCUUAAUACAUUCAGCAAGAACCUGCA